AUGGAACAAAGAAGAUACGAGAGACGAAACGGAGCAGUGUGCUGGACCGGCUGCGUCGUUGCUGUGCUUUUGUGUAGUAUGGCUUCGGCACAAUUGAGAUAUUCGAUCUCAGAGGGAGUUAACGAAGGAACUGUGGUUGGAAAUAUAGCGAAAGACCUGGGAUUAGAUAAAAGCACACUAGCAGACAGGAAGUAUCGGAUUGUGUCCAGUGGUGCGGAUCCACUUUUCCAUGUUAACCCGAACGAUGGCAUCCUGUAUGUGAGCCGAACGAUUGACAGGGAAGAGGUGUGCGCGCAGAGCAGUACGUGUUUGAUAAAUCUGAAAACCGUGCUGGAAAACCCGCUGGAAGUGCACUAUGUUGGAGUGGAGGUGUUGGAUGUAAACGACCAUUCUCCAAGUUUCCCAGAGAAGGAAAAAACAUUAGAAAUCUCCGAGUCUGUAUUACCGGGAGCACGCUUUCAGCUGAAACCUUCACGGGAUCGAGACAGUGGCCAUUUCUCAGUGCAACAAUAUAAACUUAGCCAAAACGAUCACUUUCGUUUAGAAGUUAGAGACAAAGGAGAAGAUGGUAAAAUACCUAUAUUAGUUUUACAAAAAAUAUUGGAUAGGGAAGCAGCUGUCAGUCAUUCGUUGGUGCUGACCGCUCUAGAUGGGGGGAAGCCUCCAAAAUCUGGAGACAUGAAUAUUCUAGUGAAUGUUUUAGAUGUUAAUGAUAACACCCCAAUUUUCUCGAAGGAUAUCUAUUCCGUGAUGCUCGAUGAAAAUGCUCCAAUAGGCACAACGGUCAUACAAGUAAAUGCUACUGAUCUAGAUGACGGUCAGAACGGAGAGGUGGUUUACUCAUUUGGUAACAGUGUGAGUAAUACUUUGUUUACACUUUUUGAUAUUAACCAAUUAACAGGGGAGAUAACUGUCAACGGUCUUAUAGAUUAUGAGGAGAAAGACAAAUAUGAAAUUGAAAUUCAAGCAUCAGAUAAAGGCUUUGCUCCGCUAACUACGGAAAAAAGUGUCAUUAUCAAAAUAGUUGACGUCAAUGAUAAUGCACCUGAGAUCGAGAUUACCUCAUUUUCCAACUCCAUACCUGAAGAUUCCAGACCUGGAACUACAGUUGCCCAUAUCAGUGUAAAUGAUUUGGACUCUGGUCUCAAUGGAAAAGUUAUCUGCUCUAUACGUGAGGAUGUUCCCUUUGCUUUAUCGCCAUCUUUACAAGACAAAAUGUAUUCUUUAGUAACCAAAAUGCCUCUUGACAGAGAGAAAAUGGCUAAAUAUGAACUAACAAUAGUUGCCAAAGACUCUGGCCAGCCAUCAUUAUCAUCUGAAAAGAUGAUGCAUGUUGUGGUGUCAGAUGUGAAUGACAACAGUCCAGAGUUUUCACUGAGCCCCUAUACUUUCUAUGUCACUGAAGCUAAUGAGCCUGGUACCUCUGUAUUUUCGGUUAAAGCUUUGGAUCGCGAUGAGAAUGACAAUGCAGUAAUUUCCUAUCACAUUUUCAGAGGUGGAAGCGAAGAAAAUAGAUUAACUUCAUUCCUAAACAUAAAUACUGAGAAUGGUGAUAUUCUAGCACUAAAAAGUUUUGACUUUGAAACACUGAAAACGUUCCACUUCCAAGUUGUUGCCACAGAUUCUGGAACUCCGUCACUAAGCAGCAACGUCACAGUGAACGUGUUCAUUCUGGAUCAGAACGACAACGCUCCAGUCAUCCUGUAUCCAGUCAGCUCCAACGGUUCUGCUGAAGGUGUGGAGGAGAUUCCCCGCAAUGUCAACGCAGGACACUUGGUGACUAAAGUCAGAGCCUAUGACGCUGAUAUAGGAUAUAACGGCUGGUUACUGUUUUCAAUGCAGGAAGUUACUGACCACACUCUCUUUGGUUUGGACCGCUAUACAGGACAGAUCAGAACACUUCGCUCAUUCACAGAGACAGACGAGACUGAGCAUAAACUGGUCAUACUGGUGAAAGACAAUGGCAACGUUUCACUCUCAGCAACAGCUACUGUGAUAGUCAAAGUUGUGGAGCCCAAAGAAGCUUUUGCAGCUUCUGAUGUUAAAAGUGCAGCAAAAGAUGAAGAGGGGAAUGAUGUGACUUUUUAUCUGAUGAUAACUUUGGGCUCAGUAUCUGUACUUUUUAUCAUCAGUAUCAUUGUGCUGAUUGCCAUGCAGUGCUCCAAAACUACAGAAUAUACAUCUAAGUACCUACAAGACACAAAUUAUGAUGGGACACUGUGUCACAGCAUCCAGUACAGAUCAGGAGACAAACGCUACAUGUUAGUUGGACCUAGGAUGAGUAUAGGAUCUACUAUAGUCCCAGGCAGCCAUGCGAACACACUAGUGCUCCCUGACAGGAGGAGAGCAUCUCAAGAGGUAAGGCAAGCUUUUUGUUUUCAGGCAGUGUUUUAA